AUUUGUAGAUUAACCUUUGGCUUUGGUGAUCUGUGGGAUUGCGGUUCACACUGUUUCCCCAGGAACACAGCCAAACCCUGGGGGUGACAAAACAUUACGGCGCAGAGUCAGGGGUUACUCGGAGGAGAGGAUUUCCGUUGUUUGUUCCCAGUACGUGGGACGUCCCGCGCUGUGACGCAAUCAGGAGGGGGCGGAACUGCUCUAUUCAUGGACUAGGAUGAACAACUUUAUCGGAAUGUCGCACUCGAAUUUAAGACGAUGAUGCUCUCUUGGAACGUUUAUAAGGGAGGGAAAGUUGACAACAAACAGUACUUUGCCGGAGCAACCCUAUAGCAGCCAGGAUAGUCAGAUAUUCCCUGCCCUGCUACUAAAUUUACUUGUAUCCCUUUCGCCGCCUCUGAUAGUAAAUCCCAAGCAGGAUCAUGACGACAUCUGUGCUUGCACGACGCCUUCUGCAGUUCUGCUGCCUGGUCUGCCUGUCUGCCAUUCCGGUGUUCUCACAAGAACCUUUACAACUAGAGCUGACGUCCCAGGGCGUGCUGUGCGGUCCAGAGUACGACGGGUUCUGUUUGAAUGGCGGAGAGUGUGAGAUAAUCCCGGACUUCGCCAGGCCCAGAUGCAGUUGCACAUGGGAGUACAUGGGAGAGCGUUGCCAGAGAGGGAACAUCCUGGCCAUACAAGCCAUGCAGGAGGAGCUGCGGGACUAUUACAUCAUCAUGUCGGCUAUGGGCGGGGUCCUGGUGGCACUGAUGGCUCUGGGAGUAGGCUACAUCAUUUACAGGAAAUGUGGAAAGCCAGAUCCAAGACCAGAGUCGGUGUAGCAUCUGAAUCUACGAGUACAAUAGUCACCACGUAUUCAUUACUUUUGUCAAUGAAAAAAGACUCCGACAAGCGAGCAGCGUUUGCGCUCACUAGUAACGCUACUACUGCAGUAUUCACAAUGUGUACAAUACCUUUGUAUGGUGUUUCUACUUUUAAUGGUGUGUUAAAUUGGUUUUGUACCAAAUCGGUUAUGUUUAGAAAUAAUAUAAUAUUCGAAUUCGUAUUUAUUCUUCAAUUGUGACUUCAGUUGCAAUACUCUUUGCUUACGUAUUGACGGUAGACCAUUCGUUCUACGAGAAUACCUGGAUUUGUUACAUGUAUUCACAUCCAACAAUUCAUAUACAUUCAUGCAUGGUAACAAUGAUUUUUAGUUUAAGAGGUUGAUAGUUUUAUGAGUGAAAGAAUGUAAAUAUUUGAGUUUAUUUAUUCAUUUUAUUUAUCUGAAUGUACAUAUUACCAACGGUUAUGA